AUGCUGACCCUUGUUGUGCAGGCGCGCCAGCAGCAGCAGGUCGUCGGGGUGCGCGGCGACGGGCAGCGCGGCCAGCACGGCGCGCUCGGCGCCCGAGAGCGCGACCAGUUUAUACUGGCACGGCAAUGUUUAUGUGCGCGAGAUAUACUGAUGCUGACCCUUGUUGUGCAGGCGCGCCAGCAGCAGCAGGUCAUCGGGGUGCGCGGCGGCGGGCAGCGCGGCUAG